CCCUGGCUGCCGCAGCCCCGCGCGCGCCCCCGCGCACACCUGUCACGCCGGCGCGCCCCUGCUGCACGCACGCCCACGCAGUUGGGGACGCGGGAGGCUCGGGCUGCCAGUCCCCGCCCGAGGCGCCAAGGGCCAGGCUGCGCGGGGCGGCCGCGUGGGUGGCUGUGGUGGCGGCGUUACAGAGCCCGGGGGUCGCAGACAUGCUGCUGAUGAAGAAGCAGACGGAAGACAUCAGCAGCGUAUAUGAGAUCCGGGAGAAGCUCGGCUCGGGUGCCUUUUCGGAGGUGGUGCUGGCCCAGGAGCGGGGCUCCUCACACCUCGUGGCCCUCAAGUGCAUCCCCAAGAAGGCCCUGCGCGGCAAGGAGGCCCUGGUGGAGAAUGAGAUCGCUGUGCUGCGGAGAGUCAGCCACCCCAACAUCGUGGCUCUGGAGGACGUGCACGAGAGCCCCUCCCACCUCUACCUGGCCAUGGAGCUAGUGACUGGCGGUGAGCUGUUUGACCGCAUCAUGGAGCGCGGCUCCUACACUGAGAAGGAUGCCAGCCACUUGGUGGGCCAGGUGCUGGGGGCCGUGUCCUACCUGCACAGCCUGGGCAUCGUGCACCGCGACCUCAAGCCUGAGAACCUUCUCUAUGCCACACCCUUUGAGGACUCGAAGAUCAUGGUGUCCGACUUUGGCCUGUCCAAAAUCCAGGCUGGCAACAUGCUGGGCACGGCCUGUGGGACCCCGGGCUAUGUGGCCCCGGAGCUCCUGGAGCAGAAGCCCUAUGGGAAGGCCGUAGAUGUGUGGGCCCUGGGCGUCAUCUCCUACAUCCUGCUGUGUGGCUACCCCCCCUUCUACGACGAGAGCGACCCUGAGCUCUUCAGCCAGAUCCUGAGGGCCAGCUAUGAGUUUGACUCGCCCUUCUGGGAUGACAUCUCCGAAUCAGCCAAAGACUUCAUCCGGCACCUCCUGGAGCGAGACCCCCAGAAGAGGUUCACCUGCCAACAGGCCUUACAGCACCUUUGGAUCUCGGGCGAUGCGGCCUUUGAUAAGGACAUCCUGGGCUCAGUGAGUGAGCAGAUCCAGCGGAACUUCGCUCGGACCCACUGGAAGCGGGCCUUCAAUGCCACCUCCUUCCUGCGCCACAUCCGGAAGCUGGGCCAGAACGCCGAGGGCGAGGAGGGCCCUGAGCGGAGGGUGGCCAGCCACAGCCUUCCGGGCUGGUGAUGUGCAGGAGGAUGCCGUGGCCAUGUGGACUGACCCUGCACUCCUUCCACGGACCCCUUCAGCCCCCUCCCCAGCCCCCCAGCCCCAGGCUGGCCUCUGCUGGAGAGUCUGAGACUGCGGGUGUGGCACAGGGUGCGGGGGCAGGGAUGUGGUACCCCGUCUGCCCUUUGGUUGGCUGCGCAUGUCCGCAGGCGCCCUCCUUCUCUGUUGCCGCCACCCUCCCUCUAGAAGCCCAAAAGGCAUCGGCAUGCGACCCACCCCGGGGCGUCCCUCCCGCACGCACGGCUGCUCAGUGCUUUGCUGACUGUGGGUGGUCCGCUUGUGUCGUGGCCCUCUGCCCUCCUUCCCCAAAUCAAUAAAGACAGACAGAGUAA